AUGCUCAAUGUUCUAAGCCCAUUCUUACCAAACCCAAGUGGUCUGGUCUAUAUAAUGUGAUGUUCUCCUCCAUGUCGCCGGCUUUGAAGCAGAAAACCCUAGCUCGUAGUCACGACAGCCGACGCCGAAAAUGAAGUUCAACCCUAGGGUUUCAUCCUCCCGCCGCAAGAACCGUAAGGCCCACUUCUCGGCCCCAUCCAGCGUCCGGCGGGUGCUGAUGAGUGCGCCGCUAUCCUCCGAUCUGCGUUCCAAGUACAACGUGCGAUCGAUGCCGGUGCGCAAGGACGACGAAGUGCAGGUGGUUCGUGGGUCCUACAAGGGCCGUGAAGGUAAGGUGGUUCAGGUGUACCGUCGCAAAUGGGUUAUCCACAUCGAGCGCAUCACUCGCGAGAAGGUUAAUGGGUCGACCGUGAACGUCGGUAUUAACCCAUCCAAGGUCAUAAUCACCAAGCUCAGGCUGGAUAAGGAUCGGAAAUCGCUUAUCGACCGCAAGGCCAAGGGACGCUCAGCUGCAGACAAGGACAAGGGAACCAAGUUCACUGCCGAGGAUAUCAUGCAGAGUGUCGAUUAAGGUUUUAUGUUGUCGUGGGAUGCUUGAAACUGUUUCGGUUUUAGUAUGUUAUGUUUUUGAGUUCCGUAAUAUGUUAUGGAUUUGGUUCAUUUUUAGUUUUGUGGAUCUUGUGAUGAUGCCUUACUGCUGGUUAAAUGCUAAAAAAUUUUGCUUUACUGC